AUGAGUGGGCAUGGCUCAUCAUCUUCAGAAAAGGGAGUCAAUACAAGUCUAAUAUGUCAAGAGAGUUAUGCCUGCGGUGGCUCGGAGGAAGCCGCCUUCGAGUGUGAAGAGUGCAGGACUUUGCAGUGUGUUCGUUGUGAUCUUGAACUUCACAGUCAGGACCGCCUCCAGAACCACCAGCGUCUUCAGAUAAGCCCUGGCCACAUCCCGUACUGUGAUAACUGCAAAGGUGGGGACAAUAGCAAAUGUCACAGGUCGGUGGUCCGUUGCCAGAACUGCAAAUUGAACUUGUGCCAAGAGUGUCAAAAGCGCACCCACAGCGGAGGGAACAAGAAGAAACACCAUCUCCUAUUGUAUCUUCAGCCACCGAAACAAGUAGAGCUCAAGUCUGUCCGAGCUUCUGUUCAGCCUGCCGUCCAAAUCGCUGAUGAUAAAAAGUCACAGAGGGCAAAACUGCUGGAAAAUGUGGCGAGUUUCCUCCUUGUUGAUGAAAAUGAGGAAAUGCAGAUAAAAGAUGACGCUGCGUUUGUAAAGAAACUCAACUGCAGUGCCGGUCAGCUCCUGAAAGUGGUGUCCAUCUUCGGUAACACCGGAGAGGGCAAAUCUCACACCCUCAAUCACACCUUCUUCCUGGGCAGGGAAGUUUUCAAGACUUCUCCCACACAGGAGUCCUGCACGGUUGGCGUGUGGGCAGCCUUCGACCCCUACCAUAAUGUGGUGGUCAUCGAUACGGAGGGGUUGCUGGGGAACAGUUCCAAACAGGGCCAGAGAACUCGACUCUUGCUCAAGGUGCUCGCCAUCUCAGACCUCAUCAUCUACCGCACGCAUGCAGACCGACUCCACGACGACCUCUUCAAAUUUCUCGGCGACGCCUCGGAGGCCUACUUGAAGCAUUUCACUAAGGAACUGAAAGCCACUACGGCUCGCUGCGGUCUGGAUGUUCCUCUCUCCACUUUGGGUCCCGCUGUGGUCAUCUUCCAUGAAACUGUCCACACUAAGCUUCUCGGGACAGAUAAGUCACAGGAAUCAGUCGACCGGCUGCUGUUGGAGCGUUUUAAAAAGGUUUCCCGUUUCCCAGAGGCCUUCAGUUCCGUUCAGUACUGGGGCACGCAGACUCUCACCCCGCCCACCGACUUUUGCGGCCUGCAGAAUAAACUAGAACAGCUCUUGGACAACAACGCCACGCGUUCUCCACGUACUCCUGUGGUCAUCUUUAAAGCCCUGCUAGCGCUAAGUGAGCGCUUUAGUGGGGAAAUUGGAGAUGAGCUGGUAGUCAACAGUUGCUUCUUUCCCGAUGAGUACUUCACUUGUUCAAGCUUGUGCCUCAGUUGCGGAUCUGGUUGCAAGAACAGUAUGAACCACCUCGGAGAAGGAGUCUGCCACGAAGCAAAGCAUCGUUGCCGCUAUUCUCUGCAGCAUGAUAAUCGCAUUUACACCUGUAAGGCUUGCUAUGAAGGAGGCAAAGAAGUGAUUGUCAUCCCUAAAACCUCAGCUUCCUCAGACUCUCCUUGGAUGGGCCUGGCCAAAUAUGCCUGGUCUGGGUAUGUUAUUGAAUGCCCCAACUGCGGCGUGAUCUAUCGCAGCCGUCAGUAUUGGUACGGGAACCAGGACCCAGUGGAUACUAUAGUCCGCACUGAGAUCCAACAUGUAUGGCCGGGGUCGGAAGGCUUCUUAAAGGACAAUAGCAAUGCAGCACAGCGUCUUUUAGAUGGAGUGAACUUGGUGGCCCAGUCUGUGUCAGAGCUCAGCGUCAAGCCUGCCAAGGCUGUCACCUCCUGGCUGACGGACCAGAUUGCCCCCACCUACUGGAAACCCAACUCCCUUAUCUUGCUGUGUCAUAAAUGUCAAGCGGUUUUCUUGGAGAACGACACCAAGCAUCACUGCCGUGCCUGCGGCGAAGGCUUCUGCGACGGCUGUUCUUCCAAAGCCGCCCCGGUCCCCGAACGUGGCUGGGGUCUCGGCCCUGUCAGGGUGUGUGAUGUGUGUUUUGAGCAGAGAGCCUCACAAGCAGGUAUAGCUGUACUUUCAUUAGAGGAGGAAGGUGGAACCCUUGCCAGGAAGGUCGGCGAGGCCGUGACCAACACCAUAGGGGUUGUAGUCACCGCUAUUGACAUCCCACUUGGCCUGGUGAAAGACGCAGCCCGGCCUGCUUACUGGGUGCCCGACCAGGACAUUCUCUCUUGCCACAUCUGCCGACGCGAAUUCACUGCCAAGCUGUCCAAGCACCACUGCCGCGCCUGUGGCCAAGGAGUGUGCGACGACUGCUCCCCGGAGCGUCGGGCUGUGCCGUCGCGUGGCUGGGACCACCCUGUGCGCGUGUGCACCAGCUGCAACCAAAAAGCCGGAGAACUUUAA